CCAUGGCCUCGAUGUUGUCUUCUCUGGUUUCUCUACUGUGCAUGUGCUUGACUCAGUGGCUGGUUGUGUUUACGGUUGCAAAACCCAUCCCCAAUGGCUUCUCGGUGGACCUAAUACACCGUGACUCACCACUCUCCCCGCUGUACAACCCUCUCGAAACCACAUUCGAUCGGUUAUACAACGCUUAUAACCGCUCCUUCUCUCGCAUCAAUCGUUUCAAGCCGAUGUAUUCCAAGGCGUUUCAGUCGGAUAUAGUGUCGAACGGCGGAGAAUAUUUCAUGCAAAUUUCCAUCGGAACUCCACCGGUUUCGAUUCUCGGAAUAGCUGAUACCGGCAGUGAUCUCACGUGGGUGCAGUGUAAGCCUUGUGAUGAAUGUUACGAGCAGAAGUCUCCUCUGUUUGAUCCCACGAAAUCGUCUACGUACAAGAGCGUUCAAUGUGGGACUGAUCCUUGCAAUGCAUUGGAUGGCUCGGACAGAGUCUGUGAUCCAGAGAAGAACACUUGUAAAUACAGCUACUCCUAUGGAGACCGCUCCUUCACCAAAGGUAGCAUUGCUCUCGAAAAUUUCACCAUCGGUCCGGUUUCGUUCCCGAACCUCGUGUUCGGCUGUGGACACAAUAACGGCGGCACGUUCGAUAAUGUAGGUUCCGGUAUCGUCGGCCUCGGGGGAGGUCCCCUUUCUCUAGUCAAACAAUUGGGGAAGUCCAUCAAUGGGAAAUUUUCCUACUCUCUGCAAGCAUACGAUUCGGCAUCGGAAUCGAGCGCAUUCAUAUUUGGCACUGCAAAGGAAUCAAAUGCUGUUACAAGUACAACUCCAUUAGUCCAAAGAGACCCUUCAACAUAUUACUACGUGACAAUAGAGGCCGUCAGUGUUGGAGAUAAAAGGUUACCCUACGGCAGCUUUACAUCUUCAUCGACAGCAGAGAAAGGCAACAACAAUAACAUCAUUAUCGACUCCGGGACGACAUUGACCUUCUUGCAGUCCGAGUUUUAUAACAGCCUCAAAUCGACAUUGGAGGAAGCGAUCAAAGCGGAACGAGUGAGUGAUCCCAAAGGGCUCCUCAGUCCAUGUUUCAAGGCCGAUCAGGACAUAGAUCUACCAACAAUCACGUUCCAUUUCGGCGGUGGCGCGGACGUGAAGUUGCAGCCACUGAACACAUUCGCACAACUCCAGGAAGACAUGGUGUGCUUCACCAUGGUACCAUCCAAUGACAUAGCCAUUUUUGGGAACUUGUCUCAGAUGAAUUUCUUGGUUAGCUAUGACCUUGAAGAAAGAACUGUGUCCUUCACGCCAACCGACUACACCAAUAAUCAUUAAGACUCUAUACAUAAAUACAUAAAUAAAAUGGUUGUUAUAUAUGAUGAGACAGUGAUAAUUAUGAGGUUAAUCUGUAGUUUACCUGUAACAGCGAUGGCAGCAGGCAUUAAAACAAGAAGCAUAAUUGAACUUGAAAGCCAUUUGUUUCUUCUUA